UACUGAAAAUCACCCGCUAACACUAUUGGCAAAACAUACGAGGAGAGAUGUGCUGCAGAAUUAAAAGACUGAACUGACAUAAGAAUGAAGUUAAUGUAAGAGGAAGCCAGUGGCGGUGAAGCGAUGCGGAGGCAGCAGAUAUCAACAGAGUGCGCGCCGCGAUACAGACAGGUUGCUGAUGUGUCACCUCCACAAAUGGCGCAGAAUGUAAACACUUUUUGGGGGCGUGUUCAUCCAUGACACGUGUGGGGGACCAUAGUGGUGGUACGGACUCUAGUGAGAGGAGAAACUCGAGUCAGUUGGUUGGUGGAGAGUGUAUCACAGUUUGUGGCGUGUCAGCAGCAGUGACUGGGCCACCAACUCUCGAGUGUCGGCCUUGGCCAGGCUGCUCUAGAUAGUAUGAGGUCGGGACUCCCACUGGUGCUGGUGACGAUUCUGCUGUUAAUAGUGGGACAGCAGACUCAAGGAGCAAACCAGCAGGCUAACAGCACCCCAGGCCAGUCUACAGCAAUAGGAUCUAACCCUCUCAGUGAAGAUAAAAAAAGGGAUGACUUCUUCCCUCCAGCUUCACCCACUACCACCACCACCACUACCUCCACUAGCACCACCACCACCACCACCACUAGUAUAGAGGCCACAGAGGCCCCAAAUUUAAGUGUGCGUGUUGCUAACGUUAGUAUCAACAGUUUCUGCAAUGUAACGAACAAUAAUCCAGACAAGUUGACUUCAUUCUGUCAUCUGUUCUGUGUCAAGGAUGAUAAUCAGCCUGAACAAUCAGAGCACUCCGAGGAGAAAGAUGACGGGGCUGUUGUUGACACUGAGCCUGCAAAUGAAACCCAGGCUUGCCACUCAAGUGUUGACCUGCCUGAAGUGGGGGCAGCUGAACAGGAACACCUAUCCUCAUUGUCAAUCUUCCUCAUCCUCUGUGUGCUGGCUAUGUGUGUCAUCUUGAUAUUCUUCUUGCUUAAAACAAAGCUGAAUUACCUGCCAGAAAGUGUUGCCUGUGUUAUUGUAGGAGGAAUAAUUGGACUUGCUUUAAAGGUCUUGUACAGCAAACACAUUGCAAAUUGGCAGAAAGAGGAAGCCUUCUCUCCAACUGUUUUCUUUUUGGUGAUCCUGCCGCCCAUCAUAUUUGAGUCUGGGUACAAUCUUCACAAGGGUAAUUUCUUCCAAAACAUUGGGUCAAUACUGCUGUUUGCCAUUGUGGGAACAGUGAUAUCUGCACUCAUUGUGGGUGGUGGAGUGUAUCUACUUGGACAGGCUGACGUUGUUUACAAGUUAACAUUUGUAGAGAGUUUUGCGUUUGGCUCCCUCAUAUCAGCAGUGGAUCCUGUGGCCACUCUAGCCAUCUUCCAUGCUCUCAAUGUGGACCAAGUUCUUUACAUGCUUGUGUUUGGGGAAAGCAUCCUCAAUGAUGCCGUCUCCAUCGUUCUCACCAGUACUGUCAUUGAAAUGGCAUCACCAGCGAUGGCCACCAUGGGGUCUGGAGAAGCAGCGCUGUACACAAUGUGGCGAUUUUGUGUCAUGUUUUUCGCAUCAGCAGGGAUUGGAGUGGCUUUUGCCCUUCUCAGUGCUCUUCUCCUGAAGUAUGUGCCUGUCAGGGAAUACACAUCCCUGGAACUUUGUAUCAUCAUCAUCUUCAUCUACGCUCCUUACACCCUUGCUGAGGGGAUCCACUUAUCAGGAAUAAUGGCAAUCCUCUUCAAUGGUAUAGUAAUGUCUCAUUACACCCAUUUCAACAUGUCUCCAGUGAUGCAGAUUACCAUGCAACACCUCAUGCGCACACUGGCCCUCAUAGCUGAAUGUACAGUCUUCAUCUAUCUUGGACUUGCCCUAUUUAGUUUCAGACACCAGUUCCACCUGGCACUGGUGCUGUGGAGUAUCGUGCUCUGCCUAGUUGGCCGGGCUCUCAAUAUUUUUCCUCUCUCAUGGUUGGCAAAUAAGUUUCGUGAUCAUCAAAUCAAUUAUAGGAUGAUGUUUAUUAUGUGGUUCAGUGGUUUGAGAGGGGCCAUUGCCUAUGCCUUGGCACUUCACUUAGAGUUCAGUGAUGAGAAGCGUCAUGUGAUUGUAACAACAACUCUCAUCAUUGUUCUCUUCACAAUAUUCAUCCUUGGCGGCUCAACCAUGCCACUUAUAAAGUAUCUAAAGGCAGACAAACAACAGAAGAACAGGAGAAUAAAGGAAAGAGACAAAGAGCUAACCUUGAGCAAAACUAGAGAAUGGGGUCAGGCACUGGACUCGGAACAUUUAUCAGAAUAUACAGAAGAUGAAAGUGACAGUCCUACAGGGAGCCAGUUGAGAGGUUUCCUAAAGUUGGACUUACUGUACAUCCGACCCUUCCUAAUACGGCGAGUCACUCAUCAAGAGGUUCGGUCCCAUGCUUAUGACCUGAAAAAACAGUGCUACCAGUCAAUCAAUGUUCAGGCUUCAGAGUCAGAAGAAGAGGAAAUUUUUACUGCUCACUAAUGUACAUAAUAUGUUUUGGUUUGAUAAAACCGUUCUGUUCAGAGAUUUAUGUGCUUUAUGUAAAUGACAAAUAUUUAUGUAAAUAGCAUGUAUAUUUUUAUUUAAAUGUAAGAAUAUCCUACCAUCAUUUGGUAGCUGAUUUAUUAUUAUUAAAGGAAAGCUAUAAAGUCAAGUUUAUGAUUCUUGUCACUAUGUUAAGUCCAUGAUCUGGCAUUUGUAAUAAUUUGACUUUUUUCAUCAAGAAAUUAACUAACCGGGAUGAAAAAAAAUAAUUAAAAAAAUAAAAAAGAUUUUCUUAAAGUAAGACUUUUUCCCACCAUAUAAGUGAUGACAAUGAGGGAAGUUCCUUUUUGUGAUUCACUGAUAAAUUAUAUUCUGGCACAUGCUAUGAUUCGCUUUGUCAUCCAGUUGAUUUUUCUUCCUUGUUUUAAUCAAGCAGCUAAAAACAUAAUUGUGUGUGUGUACGUCGGUGUGUGUGUGUGUGUGUGUGUGUGUGUGUGUGUGUGUGUGUGUGUGUGUGUGUGUGUGUGUGUGUGUGCAUACUGCAAUAUAAGUGGUUUAGAAUUGGCUUAUAAGUAGUCUAUGUUAGGCUUGUGUUCCAUCACCAUAACUACUUUAGUUCAAUUGAUGUUUUUGCUCACACAACUUAUGAACAUGCUUUUGUUCAGGAUAAUGGAUUCCUUUACAUCAAAUAAGCCGCCUGCAUAUUUUCUUUUUAUGAAUUUAGCAUAUUUUCUUUUUAUGAAUUUAUUGUCUUUCUAUCUACUUUUAAUAAUUUUUCUUUUUAUGAAUCUACUGUCUUUCCAUCUACUUUCAAUAAUUAAUCUUUAUCCAUUUUCUCUCUCUCUCUCUCUCUCUCUCUCUCUCUCUCUCUCUCUCUCUCUCUCUCUCUCUCUCUCUCUCUCUCUCUCUCUCUCUCUGAAUUGGUUUGUGUAUGUGAUUAGAUAUUAAUUCAACACAUACCAGAAGGCAUGAAAGCCCUUAUUGUGAUACUACUACCUUUGCUCUAAAUGAAUAUUAAUUCUCCCAAAAAUGAGUCAUUCUUGUUUAAUUGCUCAGCAGUGCCAUAAACUACUUCAAAUGUUUGACAUUACAUUUAGUAUUGAAAAGUUGCACAUGUACGUCUAUGUUUUAAGCAUGUUACAUAAUUAAUCAUUCCUUCCUCUCAGUGAUUUUUGAGAAAUAAUAUAAGAUAUUUUAUGCAAAGCCAAAAUGUUUAAUAAUUGCAUGAUUGUAUGGAUUGAUACAGGAUACCAACUUAAUGAAUGUUUAAUUACUCAUUAAGAAAUUGUUGCAUCAAAAUAAUGUGGGAAAACCUUUCCACUGUAUGUGCAAUUAUGUUCAUAUUUUGAUACUAAAAUACAUAAGUAAUUAUCAAAUGUGCACAAAAAUUCAAAUCAAACACAAUACAAUAUAAGCUAUAAAAGACAACUAAUAUUCAUUACAUUACUUUUUUUUAUAUAUAUGUAACGUCUUGUCUGAUUAACAUUUUUACCAACUUCAAUUUUUAAAUUUUCAAUAAAAAUCCAGUGCAAUAAAAGUUGUAGAUGUAUUUCUGAUAUAUGUUUUUUCUUGAGUGUAUUUAUGUCUUUAAUUAUAUUAUUCUUGUGGAAUUUCUUAUGUUCAUAUCAAUGAAAUGAUUGUUGAUUGUUGUAGACAAUGAUGUUUUUUUUUCUUAUUUGGAUAACAUUUAAAAAAAACAUGAAAUUUUACUGUUUUACUAUAAACAUUGCAAAGGAAAGGAUCACAGAAAGGUAACGCUGUGUCUAGUAAAAUACAAAUAUCAAUCUUUUCCAAAGGUCAUGAAGUAUAUUUAAGUUCAAAAGAUGCUACAUAAAGGUAGGCCAAUUAGUACAGGAGCAAUAUGUAAAGAAUGAUACAUAAGUCUGUCAUCAUAGGUGGCAGAUAUAAUUCUCCCUGUCACUUGCCUAACCUGUAGUUUGCGAUAUGUGCAGACAUCACAUGUAGGUCAGAUGACAACUAAAUCUAAAAUGAACGACCAAUAGCAACAACAAUGUAGGAUUUCUCUCUAAGUGAGACCAUAAAACAUCCUAUGAGUAAUGACAGACUGGCAAGGAGCAUGAAGCAUUUUGAUCAUUUUCUUAGCUUAUCAAAACUAUAUUGAUAGCAAUUAGCAGUGCUUUCAGUCUUAUAUAAAGUAUAAGAAUAUUAAAGAAUAGUGUUAUUGCAGGCUUUUGUACAUUAUUUUCAGUGUUAGGAAAUGAAGAAUCAAAAUUUACAAAACUUUUUCUCAUUUGGACUGAUCAUAUUAAAUCCCAGACAUUCCUUUUGUAAUGCCAAAUAGUAAAAGAAGGAUACAUGUGUUUGUAAUGUUCAUAAAUUAUUGUUUUAAAUAUGAACAACAGUUGUCUGCUGAUAUCCUUAGGCCUAAAUAUGUUAGUGCAUUAGUAUUACUGAUUUUUUUGUACUAAUCAUAAUUUGGAAGGUACCAGACCAUGACAAAAUGAGAUAUUAUGGGUUUCACUGAUAUAGAUUUUAUGAUAUUAAAAUCAAGAAGACAUGACCAAUUGUCACAGCUAUUUCCCUUUACAGGAAAUUCCAUCAACUGCUUAGAAAAAAUAAUCAAACCAACUGAUGUUCAUUAUUGUUUGUACUAUGAGAUGAUGUUAUGUAAGUAAAUAUUUCAUUACUUUUCCUUCCUGUGCAAUGUGCCUUUUCUGCACAUCCAAGUGCCAUCCAAGAAAGAAGCAGCUAAAAAUAAAAGGAUGAAAAAAUUGAUGGAAUUUAUAAAUGCUUCUUUUUUUUAUUUGUGGAAAGAAAAAGUAAAGUACCUGAAGAAGAGUUUUGAGCUUUCCACCACCCCUCUUUUAGUUGCCUCUCACAACACACACAACAUGGAGAUUCAUUAUAUUAUAACAUUGGAACAUUUCUUCAUUACGAAAGAAACUCAAGUGCCCGGGAUGAGUAAUAGGCAUCUUUGUUAACAAAUAUAUUAAUAGUACUUUACAGAUUAAUGAGUAAAUAUCUCAAACAUUAACAAAUAUUUCCUUGUUUUAGAUUAGAAAUAAACUUUUCUUUAUAUAAAUGCAAAAUGCAAAAAUAUAAUCAACUAUGUUGAGUAAUUUUUGUAGUUACUGUAAUCUCAUUAUUUCUGAUCCAGUGGCAUUUUAAACCAUUAUAAAAGAUCAAACUAGAAUAUGCAAAUCAAAAGUAAGAUAGUAAAUCACUAUUUCAUACAACAUCCAGUCACACUGAUCCACCUUCUGUUGUUUUGAUGUGAAAUACUGUGUGAGAUGGAUUGUGCCAUAAUGUAUUAUAUGUAUAUUUCAUGAAAAGAAUACUUAUAUACUUUGAUACUGUAGAAGAUGCUAAUAAAUUUUAACUCAUAAGAAAUAUGAAAAUAAAAUAUAGUAAGAGAAAUAUAAAUCUACACACUAAUGGCUAAUUAUAUGUGUGUAUGUGUGUGUUUGUGUAUGUGUGCAGGAUGUUUGCUUUAUAACAUGGUCCUCUGAAAGGUUGUCUAAGUGAUUUUUAAAUGGAAAAUGUCUCUUGAGAGGAAUUUGUUUAGAACCUGUUAUGUAUUUGUUCAGUUUACUGCAAUAUUAUGCUUGAGGUGAUGACUAUACAAUGCACUGAAGCAACAAAGUUGAUGAUAAAGAUGGUUGUGAACAAUGUUUUCUGAUAAUCACUUUAAAAAUCUUAAAAAUGGAAAGCAGUAUCUAGAAUACUGAAAAAAUAAAAAUAUAAUUUCUUAAUUGA